AUGGCGCCGAAGAAGUCGGGCAAGGCUAAGGGCAAGGCAGCAGCUGCGGGUAAGAGUGUGUCAGGUUCGCCUUCGAAGGCGGUGGAUGCGGAGUUGCCCCCGGUGACGUUUGACCAUAUGUUGCCGGCGGUUGAGAAUUCGUGUUUCCGUCGUUUGGGAGACUGUAAGGAGGUGCAGGGUUCGGGUCAGACGGCGGCGUUUGAGUACCCAGUGGAUCGUUUAUUUGAGAAGGGUUCAUUCCCUGUGGCGGAGGUGAUGGAAUAUGGUAAUCAUGGUGCCGAACGUAUGAGUGGUGAGGAGUAUCGUGAGCGUGACCGGUUGGCGACGGUUCAUUAUGACGACUUACGUCGUGCAGCGGAGGCUCACCGACAGACUCGGCGUUUUAUGCAUAGCGUGAUUCGUCCGGGUGUAACAACGUUGGAGAUCGCGCAGACAUUGGAGGCGAAGAGUCGACAACUCAUUAGCGCUCAGGGUCUGCAGGCCGGCUGGGCCUUCCCGACGGGUGUGAGUUUGAAUAAUUGUGCAGCCCACUACACACCCAACUACUCGGAAGACCCGGUUGUGCUUGGCCAGGGUGAUAUCAUGAAGGUUGACUUUGGUGUGCAUGUUGGCGGCCGAUUGGUGGACUCAGCGUGGACCGUAGCUUUUGAUUCUAAGUUCGAUCCCUUAAUCCAGGCCACCCAGGAUGCUACCAACACGGGUCUGAAGCACGCAGGCAUUGACGUGCAGUUAGGAGAGCUCGGGGGUGUUAUUGAGGAAGUUAUCCGAAGCUACGAGAUGGAGGAAGGGGGCAAGACACUCGCCAUCAAACCAAUUCGCAACCUCAGUGGACACAGCAUCGAACCCUAUCGUAUACAUGCCGGCAAGUCCGUACCCAUCGUCGCAUGCGACGACCGCGACCGCAUGGAAGAAGGCGAAGUUUACGCCAUAGAAACCUUCGCCUCCACCGGACGAGGCUUCGUAGAUGAAGUCGGCGCAUGCAGCCACUAUAUGCUCGAUUACGACUACGCACAUGGACACAAGAAAGCACAACUUCGACAAGCCAGCGCUAAGCCUCUUCUAAACCUCAUACAAAAAAACUUCGGAACACUCGCCUUCUGCAGACGCUGGCUAGACGAUGCUGGCGCACCCAGACACCUCCUACAUCUCAAGGGACUCGAACAAGCUGGAAUCGUCAACCCCUACCCACCCCUCUCCGACACCGAAGGAUCCUACACCUCGCAAAUGGAACAUACAUUCAUCCUCAGACCCACAUGCAAAGAAAUCAUCAGUCGUGGCGAUGACUACUAG